AUGUCCCCGUACAUCACCAUUCCACAGCAAUACUUAUACAUCAGCAAGAUACGCUCUAAGCUGUCUCAGUGCGCUCUGGCUAAACGUCACCACAGAGACCUCGACCUGCGGAAAAUGGUCGGUCACGCCAACCUGCUGGACAGGGUCCUUGACGAGAUCGACGCCUUAGAUGGUGACUUUGUCCUCUUCGACGGCGCUGCAGCUUCCACUUCCAGCGACGCCUCUUCUCUCGGUAAUAGUAUUCGGCCCAUCAGUAUAAUGUGA